AUGAUAGAACCCAAGUGUUUUUUCGGGGCAAAAAAUUCUCAAUUUCGUGGGGUUUUCAAUGGAAUUUGUACUUUGGUUUUGUUCUUCUUAUUCUACAACCAGGACAGUUUUCUCAGAAACCAGUUUCUCGGCAGUUCGCAUUCUGUUCUUCCUCCUCGUUGGAGCUCCAAAGUUAAUGGCUUUGGUGAUCAGGGCGAUCGGGUUGAUAUUAUUCGCAGGAGAAUUGCCGAAGUUAAUGUUUCUUCGUCGAAUUAUGUAAGUGUUAAUGGGUCGGAUGCCAAUUUCUUAUCAGCGACUCAUCCCCAAUUCUGUACCGGCUUGUUAAAACACGAAGGUUAUCAGAGCAAAUGUGAGUUCUUAAUUACCCAUCCGGAGUGCAGUUCCGGUGGGUAUUUGAAUUACAUUCAUUUCUUUUAUUGUGACUGUGAAAAAGUUAGUAUUUUGGGGUAUGUAGUGUUGGCAAUAUGGUUGGCUGCUUUGUUCUAUCUAUUGGGUAACACUGCCGCAGAUUACUUUUGUUGUUCUCUGGAGAAGCUUUCUAGUCUCUUGAAGCUACCAGCGACUGUGGCUGGUGUGUCUCUGCUUCCACUUGGGAAUGGUGCUCCUGAUGUGUUUGCCAGCAUUGCUGCUUUUGUUGGGAAGGAUGCAGGCGAAGUGGGCCUCAAUAGUGUGUUGGGUGGAGCUGUCUUUGUUACUUGUAUUGUUGUUGGGAUUAUAUCUCUCUGUGUGGCUGAUAGGGGGUUUCAGAUUGAUAAGAAAUGCUUUAUCAGAGAUAUAUGUUUUUUCCUCUUUACUGUCAUGUCACUUGCCUUCAUGUUGAUGGUUGGUGAGGUUACUGUCGGGGGUGCUAUAGCAUUUGUCUUGAUUUAUGUGGUUUAUGCGUUUGUGGUCGCUGCAAACGAGAUUCUAAGGAAACAUGUUCGGAAAUUAAGGUUGGAUGCUGUAACUCCAUUGCUACCGGUUAGAGGAAGUAUAUUUUCUCAGGCAAGUGACGAGGAUGAAUCUUCGGUAUAUGCUUCACUUCUUGAAUCUGAAUCUGACAGUGAGGUACCCCAGCUUCAAAGUAAGUUGCCGCAGUGGAUGUGGGCUUCAAAUGUGGCAAUUUAUUCAAAUCAGAAUCUGAAGGCUAGUUCAGACAGCCCAAGGUCAUUGUGGGGUUGGAACGAUGAGGAAACAAUGGAGGAACACUCUUCCUCUUUUAAAUUUUUAUCACUGUUGGAGAUUCCAUUGACGCUGCCGAGACGCUUGACAAUCCCAAUUGUUGAGGAGGAUAGGUGGUCCAAAGGUUAUGCUGUUUCCAGUGCCGUGUUAGCUCCCAUUCUUCUUGUAUUCUUAUGGAACACCCAAGAUGAUGUGGGAUCUCUGAGUAAAAAGAUUGCGUACUUCAUAGGUUUUGUCUCUAGUGGUGUCUUUGGCGUUCUUGCAUAUCUACACACUCGUGUUGACCAACCCCCUCGCAAAUUUUUAUUUCCAUGGGUUUUGGGAGGAUUCUUUAUGAGUAUUAUCUGGUUCUACAUUGUUGCAAAUGAGCUUGUUGCUUUGCUGGUGACAUUGGGUGUAAUCUUUGGGAUUAAUCCGUCAGUCCUUGGAUUGACCGUAUUAGCAUGGGGCAACUCCAUGGGUGAUUUAAUGUCGAAUGUAGCGCUGGCAAUGAAUGGUGGAGACGGUGUACAGAUUGCAAUGUCAGGAUGUUAUGCCGGGCCUAUGUUUAACACACUUGCUGGCUUGGGGAUCUCAAUGCUGCUUGCAGCCUGGAACAAGAGACCGGAGCCGUUCAUAAUUCCCAAAGAUAGUAGCUUGUUUUAUACUAUGGGAUUUCUAGUAUUAGGGCUUCUUUGGUCACUUGUUGUGCUACCCAGGAAUGGCAUGCGCCCUAACAAGAUCUUAGGUCUCGGCCUUAUAGCAAUUUAUUUGAUAUUUCUCUCCCUUAGGCUAGGCACAUCAAUGGGAAUGCUGUCACUUGUAAAUGUAUGA